AUGGGUUUCUUUAGCAAUAUUUUUGCUCGCAAGUCGAAUGCGAAGAGGGCUUCUAUCAAGGGCCAAGGUUACCAUUCAACUGUAGCUUCGAUUCCUCCAAUUCAAGGAACAUAUCCAGUCGCUGGAAAUGGCCCCAACGUCUUGGACCAACUGCAACGAGCAGUCAGGAAACGCAGCCAAGCUCAACUCUCAAGCACACCACGACAUGUCGACUUUGAUGAUGACUUGAGCGCUGUUCCUCCUAUGGUCCCACGAUUCCGAGGCAUAUCCCACUCACGACCAACUACUGCACCAAACCAGGUCGACAUCCAGACAUCACGACCACUUUCUUUAUCACGCAGUAUCCGAAGCUCAAAUUCAGCCUGGAGCGUCCCGGAAAAACCUGCACGAGGCCGUUCCGAGAGACUACCUCCAGUACCCUCCAUCCCGACUCAUCACCGGCGCGAGAGUUCCUUCGAUUCGUUUCAGCACAAGCGCAAUUCCUCCGUCGACAUUCUUGAUGCGCAGGGCGAACUCAGGCCUUCAAACUUUCGCUCGCGGGUUACAGCCACUGGUGCGCGAGAGUACGGAGAAGACGUUGCCGAUAGAAACUUGGGCGACAACGGUCUGAACCUUAAAAGCGCCGCCACAAAAGCACUCUACCGACUCUCUGGAAGUCAUCGCUUGGUGUUGCCUACUAACGAGCAUGACUACGAAGAAGAAGAUGACGAUUGCGCGCCUUAUCCUGGUGUUCCGCAUGGCGAUUCAGGCACAAAAAGAGACAAUUGGUCCAAGUCUGGUAGUUCAUCAGCUUGGAGGAGAUCAUAUUCUGGCUCAGUCGCUAACGAUCUAUCGAGACCCAGCAAAUCACAUCUUCGUGAAAAACGGUCCGAGUCUCCCCUGACAACUCUCAAACCAGCGCCAUUGUCAAAACAGGACCGGAGGAGAUCGUUUAAUGCAUUCGCUUCUCCACAAGAAGAAGAUGAUCGUCCAAAACCAAGACCCCUCAGUCUACACCCGUCAAUCUCGAGCUUCUCUUAUGAAAGACCCCUGUCACCUCCAACUCUAUUACCACCCAUAUCACCACCAGCAUCGCCGCCUUCAGUUCAGCGAUCCAGACCCAAGACAAGCGAAGGCCAGACUCGGCAAAGGGGUUUUGGUCGCGUCGAGAUCGACACCGUUGCAGAAGACGACGAGGAUUUUGCGCCAUUUCCAAGUGUGCCGUCGCGGUUCAGACUAUCCGAGCAACGCUCCACCUCAUACCUUGAGUCAAGUUAUGGUUACGAUCGUCACGAUUCGCUUAACGCACGACCUGAAUCAUAUCAUGGAGGACUGGCUCUCUCGUUCCCCCGCAACGACAUGUCUCAACCUCCACGUCCGUCCAGUUCUUCAUCCAUGGACAAAUCAUACAACCGGACCCGCACCAUGACUAGCGCUCGCAGCCAGCGCCUAGACAACAUCAACGAGCACAUCCCUGUGCGAACAUCAUCUCUAUGGAGAGCACAACCCUGUGUCACACCAUCGACGAUGUCCUCUGGGUUUAGCAAUGAAUUUCCCAAAUCAGUGGGCAACCACACCCCAAGUACAUCUAUUGAUGCAUCACUUCCCCCCUCCAUCAAAAUAUAUCCUGAGGAGCAGAAUAAAACAUUGGACGAGAUUAGUUAUUACAACCCAGGCGAUGAUGACUUUUCCGCUGAUACACUGGUCCCUUCACGGAGGGAAGUCGAGCGGGAUCUCGGCCAUCCCAUGAACGAAGGGAUCAACCUAGAUCUUUACCUCUCUGAUGCAAGCGAGGACUCGGUGGACUCUUUUGUCGCUUGGAAGGAGAAACGUCGCAACGAAGAGGGUCUAUUAAUGAAGGACCACUACGGUACUAACGGCGCAGCUCUUCCGGGUCUUUUUGAACCUGUUCCUAUUUUCAAGGCUGAAAUUGAGCCUCCUUCCGUUCCUCAGACCCCGUCUGAGCCCAUUGUUUCUAAACGACCCAAAACACCUCUACGACCUAGCACACGGAGUAGCAAGUCCACACCCCAGCGAUCACAACAAAAGUCGCGACAGGGCCGUAGCCGCACCAACACACCUCGCCGCAUCCCUCAACCAUCUACCCUUGACGACCAAGAUUCAGAUUCCUGGGAAGACGAAGUUCCUUCUGCACCCACAGUUCCUGGUUUCGUCUCACUCGCCGAUCUCGGUAUCAACAUUCGUGAUUUAGGAUGGGACCAAUUCGGCUUGACAGACGCCGACGAUGCCAAGGUGGACAUGCAGACAGCCAUGAAACUUCGCAAGGCGAUGAAAAACAAGAGAAGACAGCAGAAGGAAGAGGAAGAGGCAUAUGCGACUGAUGUAGAGGACCAUUGA